UCUGUCCUAUGUAUUCAAUUGUAUCUACCAUGGUCUAUAUCUUUCGGUAGAAAGUAUGCGUGAGGCUGUCCCUGGCAUGUACUCCUGGCAACUGGUGGCCUCCGUGGUUACUCCGUCAUACUCCUACCCAACCGCCCAAUGCGCAGUUUCCUGUGCCUGGACAGGGGAAAAGCUUUAUCUGGUAAGCGCCUGUACAAAUUUGAUGGGCUCCGUCUGAUCCAGCAGAUGUCUUUUACGCCCCAUAUCUGACAUUGGCAUGCUGCCAAUGGUGGAGGCGAUCGAGGUGCUUUCAUGCAAGCAUAUUUGUGCCAUCA